UAGUGUUAUUAAUGAUUAGCGAGAAUCUAAUAAGAAGACCGGAUCACGAGCACGCAGAUAGAUACGAGCGUGCAUUGACUUGGAAUUUUUAUUCAGUCCAAAAAAUGGGCGGGACUCGCAGUGUCGCGGUUGCUGCGCUCAUGGCGUUGCUGCUUUGCGAGACCUCGGUCGCAUCCAGCGUGAUUUUCUCCAAGCAACUCCGCGCGGGACUACAGCGAUCAGAAGCGCCGGGACCUCGGGCAAUUCCUUCUCCUUCUUCUUCAGAUAAUUCCCCGGGGUCGUUCAUGAUCCAAAUGCCUUUCACUGUCGUGUCAAAUGACGCCAAACUUGGAGACAGAAUUAAAACCCAUGAUGCCCCCAUCAUAGAACAAACUGAACCGAGUGGUCCUACAUUAGUGUCUAUAGGAGACAACAAUGAAAAAAUAAAUUUCUAUACAAUCAGGUGCAGGGAAGGAGUUUCCUGCUCCUCUAUUAUCCCAGCUCAGGUUGUUCCUCGUGAGACAGAAACUGAGGAAGGACAUAGGAGUGUCGAAGAAACGAAACGUUAUUUGAGACGUCUUAAUCUAUCAAACGGUUUCGGCUUCAAUGAAGAAAGUCGCUCGACUGAUGUGGCUUCUUCUUACUUCGAGGACGAGAAAAAUGAAAGAAAAUCCAAGCAGUUAUUAUUCAGAGACUUUCGCGACUAUGACGACUUCUGGCCUGGCUCUCAAUACAGACCGAUGCAGCUCGAUCAACCAAAGCGGGAUUCUAAUCGACGUCAUUUUAGGGACUCGUUUGAAGGUCGAGACUACCGCAACCCUGAGUUGAUCUCGUCUAUAACAAAAGACUUACCGCUAGGGUUGCACAUCAUCGCACCUCUCAAUUUAUUCCCCGGGUCAAUUUUUGAAGGACGUAAAUAUUCUUCACAAAUUCCAUCACCAAUUUUCAGUAACGCCUUAGAAUGGCCGUACGCGUCUGCAGAUGAUAGCUCCAGAAGCGUUGCCAGUAACUCCCAAAGUCACGUGUCUCAUAGCAUUAAAGUCAAUCCUGCAAAUCGAAGACCCUUGCAAAGUUCUAAAACCAAGUUUGCUAACAAGAAACAAAAACCAAAUGGAUGGAGUAGAUUUUCUACUUCUACAGUGUCACAGCUGGAUAGAAAUACUGGGAGUUGGCAUAAGGUUUCGAGUAGCAGCAGUAAGCUCGACAGUGAUGGAGUGCAGUACAAGCCACCUGUGUACGUUCCAUAUGGCUCUAACUCUAGGCCUUUCACAAGUGCUGCUAAACCUGGCAGCGGCUCAGACUCAACCUAUCAACACACCAGUACGGGCCUGACGGUAUUGGGCGUUACCGAAAGCAACACUCCAACCUCAUCUGAACGUCCCUCAAUCGAGACCUUAAGCGGUGGUUACAAUGGUGGAACCACAUCCGACUCUGUGAGCUCAUUGCCUACUUCUUGGGGCUCUUCGUCCACUCCCUGGAGCAGCAGCACAGUGCACUCCAUAGACCCCCGCCCCGCCAACAACUCACAUAAAAAUCUAGCACAUUUAAUGCCUGUAUCAGCGUCCACACACGUGAGUUACCCUCUGUAUGUUUUGCCGGCAGAAACACCUUUUUCCGCUUUAAAUAUCAGCAGUGACACAAACGUGACCGUGGCAAAUAUUUCGAUCACAAGAGCCUCAGAUGAAACCACAACUACAACUAUAGCUACUACUGAAAGACCCACAACCACUACACAACCACCACAGUCCGGUGGUGGAGGAGGCGGAGGCGGGGGCGGAUUCUUAGGAGGUAACCCAUUCGCCGUGAUGGCAGCUGUUGGAGCUGGUCUCAUACCGGCCACUUUUGCUGCACUCUUGCCCGUAUUUGUUGGCCGCAGAAGACGAAGGCGAUCCAUUAAUUCGUUUGACUUGUUCGACGAUGGAGGAUUGUCCGCCCCCUACAUCGCUUCCUCCACUUCCUUGAUCAAUUUCCUGACCCAGCCAGGAGUACCGUUAAGAAGUACUCUGAGAAGAUAGGGUGAGGUUCGUCGUGGCGUCGUCUACAAGAUAUGAGAGCCUCUUACUGCAUGAGAAGCGUCAGGCUCUUACAGGAAAAACUACGGUCAGCUGCUAGCCAUUUUAACUUGGUGUGACGCUCUGGUCGAAUUGAAGCUUGCCAUUGCUACGGCAGGCCGACGCUUCGGUAGUAACUUGUACAAACGUUAAAUUGUUCACAGCAUUUUUCUCAGAUUAAUUGCGUACGAGGUUGUUUUUUUUAACUAUUUCCAAAGUUAGGUUUUGAUAAUCUUAGAAAUUUUUGGACUCGCGACACUAGCACACUUUGGAAUCCUUAUACCAGCUGCAUAGUACAUCUUCCCUAAGCCUCCCAGCUGAUACACGUUAAUUUUGAUGUGACUCCACGUACGUCGUUGAACACAAUACACGAAACAAAGGUUUCCUCUCAAUAACACACUAAAAUAUUGGUCAUGUUAGCGAAACUAAAUUUUUAAUAUCCAAAUCUAUUCUCUUUUGGAGCAUUGAUCUCUGCUGAAUUAUUUAAUGAAAUAUUUUUUGUUGUUGAGUUUGAGCGAAUGUAGCGUGAGAUUACAAUAAUUAUCAGAUUAGAUUAUCUCUCUUGCAAUACCGUCUAUAAUGUGUAGCAAAAUAGCUUUACGAGUAAUAUACUACCGCUUCCUUAAAUUGUAACAAACGUUUUAAAACUAUUCAGAAAACCGUAGCGAUGCAAUGGUUAUGUCAUAUGUGUGUGUGUGGAGAAAAUUUACUUCUUAUUUAAAUCGAUUUGCUAUGUUUUUCUUCGAAGUCAAAUGAAAAUCUUCUCGCCGUACUUCAGUUCAUAUUCAUCAAUGAUGUCGAGUAUCUUCUGAAGUUUAUUAGCGUCGUCCAAGUCAGAGGUAUCAUUUACACGAUCCAUUCGCUUGUGGUAUCCCUUAUAGCCGUGCCAUCCUCGGUAGCGUUUCUUUCCAAACCAACCAAACCAAAAGUAGUUGAUCAAGGAAUUGAAUAAAAAGAAAGCCAAAGCUGUUAAAGUCAGGAUCGUCAGCACCGGGUUGUUAGCGUACGCAUCAGCCAGCGAACUCAGUAAAUUGCUGAUGGCUUGGCCAAUGUCGUUGAUAAAGUCUGCGAAGGCUAUAAGGAUACCAGGAGUGAGGCGGGUGGAGGUAAUGAAGGGGAUAUUUUGGAGCAGAGACGCUGCUGGGGUUGGUUUGUUAACUCUAGUGUCAGGAAUUGUCGUACUCAGAGCAGCGAGAGGGAUUUUGGUGGGACGGAGUGAUGGAUUUUUUGUUGAAAAUGAACUUUGAAAACUAAGAGGAAGAUAUUUAUCCAAUUCCGAACUUUGAUAAUCGAUAGGGGGUAUCAAUGUCGUGUUUCUGAGGCUGGAGUAACGUUCAAAAAGUUUGAUUACGCUCAAAAGUUUUUCUCGAUCGCGGACAUGAAUUGAGAGCGACGAUGUUGAUACUGUUUGAUCUGUAUCAAUUAGUGUGGAAUUAAGAGGUAUUUUUUCUGUAACCUCAUUCGUCCUAAAAGCUGUUACUGAAUAGUAUGGUUUUGAAGUCGUGGCAAAUUUGCUGUUUGAACGUGUUGAUAGAAGAUACCUCUGAGAAUCUGUUGAGUAAAAGACGGUAUUAUUUCAUCUCACAAUCCCAGUCACAUAAAAAUUGGAAAUUUAAUUUUAAAUAGGUAAUAAUGCAUUUAUUUGUUGUUUAUUAACAAAUGCCUGCUUAACUUUAAUGCUUUAUCACUAUUGUAGCUUUGUAUGCCUAAUGUCGUAAGAAAAAUUAGAAACUUGCCAUCGUCAUUCAUCAAAUAUUGUUGUGUUUUUGUGGCAACAUUCUGUGGCAUAGCGGUUCUUGUGGCAACAUUCAGCGGCUUGAUGGUCGUUGUGGCAACAUUCAGCGGCUUCGUGUUAGUCGUGGAAAUAGUGGGAGGUGACGUUGUCGGAGGGUUUUUCUUUCUUUCCAGCGUGUGCGCGGCCUCGUUGCUGUCUGCCUGGGGCGAUCUCGCACAAAUGAAGCAUGAGAGAAAUGUCUUUACUGUUAUGUGCCGCCAUUAAUUCAAUAUUGCGAAGAGGUUUCCUCUAUUCCCCUAUUAAAUUCUCUGGUUAAGAAUUUUGCUGAAUCAUUUUCACAGCUCACACGCGAACUAGUGCCUACAUUUUUAAUAGGGAUUAUAAAGAAAAUAACCCAAAUUACAGUAUGUCAUUUUAACAUAGAAGUAGAAAUAACAAAAAAUACGCUGUGUCAUUUUAACAAAGAAGUAGAAAUUGAAUUAAAACUUUCUUCAAAUAAAUUUUGAAGGAGAAAUCGCUAAAUAAAAACGAGGGGACUAUCUUCAACUUUUAAUAAUUGGUGACACAAUUCAAUAAUCAUACAAACUCGUCAUUUCCUAUCCUAGAGACAGAAGUAGCAGACGGUCAACAUAUUUGAAACAAAUAUGCAGCAAUUUCAUGUACUUUCGAGCCCCUCUCACCAAGACAGAAGCUGUGGUCAGUUCCAGCGCAGGCUCCACGCCCAGAAGAUCCAAAAAGUUCUCAGAGCUCCAGGGCUUGUCAUCUGCGUAAAGGAAGGCGGCGCCCCUCACGAAUUCUGCGUGAACGCGCCAUUUAAAUUAAAUAAUUCACAUUUUGACAUGAGUCAUUGAUUUACGUCUUGUUUUUGAUCCACUGAUUUAUGUACUAUUUGGAUUUAAAGUCAAUCCAUGGAGUUGGAGUCUUAAAUCCAUUGAGUUGGACUGUUGGAGUUCAAUGAGGUUGUAUUGUAGUAAUAUGAGAAACGUAAUUGGGAUAAAAAUGCGGAUAAUUUUAUGUACCUGCGCUACUGACGUGAGCCUCCCGUGCUGACACGUCGUCGGGCAGCGACGACGUGUCAGCAUGACCAUCCGCCUCGUCGUUGACAUGCUCAGGAGCAGUAGCUCUAGCGGGGACGUCCUCUACGAUGGCUGCGGUGCUAGCUUCAUCAGCCGCUACACUGGCAACACUAACAGCUGGCACAUCAGCCGCCAAGUCAGCAACACUUGCUGAAACGUCAGUUGUACUCUCCGUAACUUCGUCAGCAUCCGGUGACACGUAAGUAGCCCCAAUUUCAUCGUCAGUAGCACCAGAUGCAACGUCAACAACAGCUGGUCGCAUCGCGUUCGAUUUGGUGUGGUCACGCUCCACCUGAGUAGCGGAGGUUCAAUAUUGAUGCAUCAUGUCUACCGCUGCGAGAGUCUAACGGAACUCUUGCCCUUUUCCGUAGACAAUCGCUAACAAUUGCAAGCUAUCAUAGUUUCAAUUCAUGUGAUAACCUGUAAGCGUUCGCGCAAUAUACUGCGUUCGCGUUGUUGUGAUCCUUCUAGAAUCUAGAAAUUUAUUGAGGUGUCACUGACAUGUGAAAUCUUCUUUACCCGCAUCAGCUGCCGAGUUUAAUUUUGACGAAAUAUUUGAUUUGUAAUUAAACGUG